AUGGUGGGCGCUGGCCCAGAGAUCAACGACGGCGAGAUCUGGGACCCGCUGGGGUUCUCCAAGCUGUUCGACAGGAACUUCGACUUCAACAUGGUCAUGACGUACCCGCACGUGCAGUGGCUGCGCGAGGCGGAGCUCAAGCACGGCCGCGUGUGCAUGCUGGCAUUUGUCGGCAUGGUGACCCAGUCCUUCUUCCAGAUCCCGGGCGAGCCGCAGGAGCCGAACUACUGGAAGGCAUUGGACGCUUGCUACGCAGACCCGGUCGGCCGCCUCGGCGUGGUGCAGAUCUCCGUGUUCAUCGCGCUCAUGGAGGGCAAGUAUUUCCCAGAGGAUGCGUGGGUCGGCCAGAUGGACCGCGAGCCGGGCGAUCUCGGGUGGGACCCGCUGAAGUUCGCCAAGAAGCCCGGCUUUGACCUGCAGGAGAAGCAGCUCACCGAGCUCAAGAACGGCCGCCUGGCGAUGAUGGGCGUCGCGUCCCUGGCCUGCGAGCACGUGCUCCCCGGCUCCGUGCCGCUGCUGUCGGGCGCGCCGGCGCUGGCCCGCGAGGCCGGGCCCGCGGCGCCCGUGCCCGCCUUCUGCGGCGCCACGGCGGCCGGCAGGGCGAAGGCGCCCAGGACGCAGGCCAAGUACACCACGCAGACCAUCCUGCCGGCGCUCGCGUGGAUCAAGACGGGCUUCAAGGAGAGCGACCUCGCCCCCACGGAGUUGCGGGCCGUCAACCUCGGCGGCGUCGACGUGCUGGUCGGCAAGACGGAGGCCGGCAAGCUGUUCUGCGUCGGCAACCUCUGCCCUCACCUGGGCACCCCCAUGAGCGAGGGCGCCGACGUCAUCGGCGACACGAUCGUGUGCCCGCUCCACGGCUCGUCGUGGAAGGUGGGGGACGGCGAGCUGAUCGACUGGUGCCCGUCGCCGCCCAUCAUCGGCCCCCUCACCGGCCUCGUGAUCGAGAAGAAGAAGCUGGCCAUCUUCGAGGCCCGCAGCGGCUUCUUCGGCGGCGACAUCGAGGUCCAGGUCGACACCAACGCGAAGAAGGCCUACGAGGCGGACUACUGGAAGGGCAUCCUGGACGCUCAGGGCAAGAACGACGGCACCUACUACUGA